AUGCGCUUUAUAAUACCAACCCUUCCCCUCCUUCUAGCAUUAAGCACCACAUUCACAAUCGCCGAAACAAUCCCAGCUGAUUGGUGGAAAAAGCGCGGAUUGUCUCAGUUCUAUGACAACAUCGACGGCAAUGCCAGCUACGAUUUCGACUUCAACUACUCGUCCAUCUGGGAAUGCCAAUGA